GUGACAUAUCUUCCGGGUCGACGGAAAGUUCGCCUGUGCUGCACAAAGCCAGGACUGUCUGCAAAGGAGGAGUGCCGUCUGUCCUGUUGAACUCCUCCUGGUGUGUGUGUCGGGUGCGUGUACACCAUGGCGAGCCUCCUACGUGUCGUGGCGGCCAGCUGCUCGGCCCCUGUGUUCAGCGGGGUUUCCUGCAUGAAGCUGCAGAACAGCCAUGCUAUCAAAACGCCCUGUAUUCGCCUUUUCAGGACCCAUCAAGCUCUCAGAAGAUGUGCAAGCCCAGGAAUUCCAUACAAACAGCUCACAGUGGGUGUCCCGAAAGAAAUUUUCCAGAAUGAAAAGCGUGUGGCGCUGUCUCCCGCUGGCGUACAGGCACUCAUCAAACAGGGCUUCAACGUCGUCGUGGAGUCUGGAGCCGGAGAGGCUUCCAAGUUCCCAGAUGAACAGUAUGUCCAAGCCGGAGCAACAAUUAAAGACAUCAAAGAUGUCUUGACAUCUGAUGUGUUGGUUAAGGUCCGUGCUCCCAUUUUCAACCCUGCUUUGGGCAUUCAUGAGGUGGAGUUGAUGAAGGAUGCAGCCACUUUAGUCAGCUUCAUCUACCCGGCUCAGAACCCUGAGCUGAUGGAUAUGCUGUCCCAGAAGAAAACCACUGUCGUUGCUAUGGACCAGGUUCCCAGAGUCACUAUCGCCCAGGGAUAUGAUGCCCUGAGCUCUAUGGCAAACAUUGCAGGGUACAAGGCCGUUGUGCUAGCAGCUAACAGCUUUGGUCGUUUUUUCACUGGACAAAUCACAGCAGCUGGGAAAGUGCCACCUGCAAAGGUGCUGAUUAUUGGUGGAGGUGUGGCUGGGCUGGCAGCAGCUGGUAGUGCCAGGGCCAUGGGAGCUAUUGUCAGAGGUUUUGAUACCAGAGCUGCAGCUUUGGAGCAGUUUAAAUCUUUGGGCGCAGAGCCACUGGAGGUGGACAUGAAGGAGUCAGGAGAGGGCCAAGGAGGCUACGCCAAGGAAAUGUCAAAGGAGUUCAUAGAAGAAGAGAUGAAGCUGUUUGCCAAACAGUGUCAGGAGGUGGACAUUGUUAUCAGCACUGCUCUUAUCCCAGGUAGACGAGCACCCAUCCUGAUCACCAAGCCAAUGAUUGAGAGCAUGAAAGAUGGGUCAGUGGUGGUGGACCUGGCAGCUGAGGCUGGAGGAAAUAUUGAGACCACAGAACCCGGAGAGUUGUCAGUAUACAAGGGAGUGACCCAUAUUGGCUUCACAGACCUGCCCAGCCGUUUGCCCACACAGUCCAGCACUCUGUACUCCAACAACAUCACUAAGUUGUUGCGGGCUAUCAGCCCCGGCAAGGAAAACUUUUACCUGGAUGUAAAGGAAGCGUUUGACUACGGAACCAUGGACCAUGUUGUUAGAGGAUCUGUCGUCAUGCAGGAUGGAAACAACCUGUUCCCCGCUCCUCAGCCUAACAACUUGCCUACCUCCGCUCCUCCUAAAACCAAGUCUGUCAAAGAACUGGCAGCAGAGAAGGCGUCACAUGUCUCACCCUUCAAUGCUACACUCACCACUGCUACCAUGUACACUGGAGGUUUCACCACUCUGUUGGGUCUGGGUCUGUCAGCUCCUAAUGCCGCCUUCACCCAGAUGGUCACCACCUUUGGCCUGGCAGGCAUUGUGGGAUACCACACUGUGUGGGGCGUCACUCCUGCUCUGCACUCUCCACUCAUGUCUGUCACCAACGCCAUCUCAGGUCUGACGGCUGUGGGUGGUCUGUCCCUGAUGGGAGGCGGCUACACCCCGACAACUACCGCUGAGACACUGGCUGUGCUCGCCGCCUUCAUCUCCUCAGUCAACAUCGCUGGUGGUUUCCUGGUGACUAAGAAGAUGUUGGACAUGUUCAAGCGUCCCACUGAUCCUCCAGAGUACAGCUACCUCUAUCUGCUUCCUACCGGUGUCUUCGUCGGAGGAUACGGUGCUGCUCUGCAGUCUGGAUACAACAUUGAACAGAUGAUGUACUUGGGUUCAGGGAUGUGCUGUGUCGGCGCACUGGCUGGCCUUUCCAACCAGUCCACAGCCCGUCUGGGUAAUACUUUGGGUAUGAUUGGAGUUGCUGGGGGGAUCGCUGCCACUCUGGGUGCCCUCAAACCAAGUCCUGAGCUCCUGGCACAGAUGAGUGCAGCCAUGGCUGUAGGCGGCACUGCUGGCCUGACCAUUGCUAAGAGGAUCCAGAUCACCGACUUACCCCAGCUGGUAGCUGCCUUCCACAGCUUGGUGGGGCUGGCCGCAGUGCUAACCUGUGUGGCUGAGUACAUGAUUGAGUACCCUCACUUCGCCACAGACCCUGCUGCCAACCUCACCAAGAUAGUGGCGUACCUCGGCACCUACAUCGGUGGAAUCACGUUCAGCGGCUCUUUGGUGGCAUAUGGCAAACUGCAGGGUGUUCUGAGCAGUGCUCCCUUGAUGCUCCCUGGUCGUCACGCUCUGAAUGCCAGUCUUAUGGCCGCGAGUGUUGGGAUGAUGAUUCCCUACAUGUUGGACCCAAGUUACACCACAGGCAUCACCUGUCUGGGGUCUGUCUCUGCUCUCUCUGCUGUCAUGGGUGUAACCUUGACAGCAGCUAUUGGAGGUGCUGACAUGCCAGUGGUCAUCACCGUACUGAACAGCUACUCAGGCUGGGCCCUGUGUGCUGAAGGCUUCCUGCUCAACAACAACCUGCUGACCAUCGUUGGGGCUCUCAUCGGGUCAUCUGGAGCCAUUCUGUCAUACAUCAUGUGUGUGGCCAUGAAUCGUUCUCUGGCUAAUGUGAUCCUGGGAGGCUAUGGCACGUCUUCCACCGGUACAGGAAAGCCCAUGGAGAUCGUUGGCACACACACAGAGGUCAACGUGGAUCAGACCGUUGACAUGAUUAAAGACGCGAAUAAUAUCAUCAUCACUCCAGGUUAUGGACUCUGUGCUGCGAAGGCACAGUACCCCAUUGCUGAGCUGGUGAAAAUGCUGCAUGAAGCUGGCAAGAAAGUCAGGUUUGGUAUUCACCCUGUCGCUGGCCGUAUGCCUGGUCAGCUCAAUGUGCUGUUGGCUGAAGCUGGUGUCCCAUAUGAUAUUGUUCUGGAAAUGGAAGAGAUUAAUGAUGACUUCCCUGAGACGGACUUGGUUCUGGUGAUUGGUGCCAAUGACACAGUGAACUCCGCAGCCCAGGAAGAUCCCAACUCUAUCAUUGCUGGUAUGCCCGUGCUGGAGGUCUGGAAGUCUAAACAGGUGGUCGUGAUGAAACGUUCCCUGGGUGUGGGAUACGCAGCUGUCGACAACCCCAUAUUCUACAAGCCCAACACCGCCAUGUUGCUAGGUGACGCCAAGAAGACCUGUGAUGCCCUUCAAGCCAAGGUCCGCGAAAACCAGAGCCAGUAAGGUGGCUAAAUCCCCUCCUCCAAAAAAGGAGAUUCCACUUUGAGCACACAUGGAGCGAAGAAGGUAGAAGACAAUUAGACAAAGUUUUACCUGUAGUAUCUCAGCAUUAAGAUCAUCUGUGACUCAGGAUCAUUAAGUAAAAAGAUUUUUGGCAAACCCCUCCUAUAAUCUAUAAAUAAAAGAAAUGACAGCAUUUCUUGUAAACACUAUAUUUGUACAGUAGAAGCCAAACCAAUGCUGAUACUGGUUUCUGGUUAGUGCUCCCACUGUUAUAAUAUACGUGAAUACAGGUUGUCUUUCUCUUUCUUCUUUUAUUCCUAGAUAUUAAAGGAAGGGUGGGUCAACUAUGUCCAAGUGCUCUGUAUAUUCUGACAAUGCCAUUGUAAUAAAACAGCAAUCUGAAAUGUAGAUGCAUUAAGAUGUUAGAUAUGUACAAUCUUAGAUAUUUUUAGGAAAAAGUAAAUUUCUAGAUGAAUUGGAAUGAAUAAGGAACAAAAAGCACCGAAAUGAAGGGGAACCGCCAGAAAAAAAAAGUAUGAGAGACCUAACUACUAAGGGUUUUUUCCACACUGUAAAGAGUUUUCUCCCCCUUUUUCUCCAGAGUUCUCUUUUCUUAAAAUAAGGUCAUCUGUGUGCCCUAUGAUAGAUCUCAAAUGCUUUUGUCGCACAUGGUGUGUUUUCCUCUCAAUGCCUUCUUUUUUAUGUACGAGUCAAAAGAAAAAAAGCAAAAUAGUGCAACAUUUUUGUAAGGUUCAGUUCAAGUUUUAUACUGUAUUGAGAGAUUUUUGUAUGCGGUCUGAUACUGAUCAUAAACCUAGAAAAAUGCCUGUGACCACGUUUUAGAAGCCAUAACCAGUAUUGAAAUCUAGUCAUGUCUUUUGCUUUUUUUCUUUUCACUUGAGUGUGUCUUGUAACUUUCACCUAAGCCUCUAGUGCAGCAAUCACACUCGGAUCCAAAAACAGUUCAAAAUCCAUUCCAACCUCUUCUAUUAAGCAUUUAAUGCAAUACACCAAAUGGACGUGACCUUUGAGUGUGAGCUUGUCAUGCAAGUAAAGGUUAUACCACUCCUACAAACAAACACUCUUGUAGCUCUGAUAGCUUAGUGGAUUUUAUGGUGUUUUUGGGGCCAGGUGUGUCCCAUCACCGUGUGUGGUUCAGAUAUUACAGUACAUGUGGUGUUUGCCUUCGGCCUCUACGGUAAAAGAGUUUGUUUUGUAAGUGAAUGUGGCUCGAUUUGCCUUCAUCCACUCCAAUAUUUGUGUCCUCAUUAUUGCUCUACAGGGAAAUGAAGGAUUACAGUUUCUAAAGGGAGGCCAGAUGUUAACCUGACUGUUAUGUAAAGUCGAAAGUAACAAUGCAGUUAUUUUAAUGUGAGUUGUUGCCACAUUUCAGAGUACAUUGAUUGUAAAACAUUUAAGUUAGCAUUUAUGAAUUCCAAUGGUCCUUUCUUUUGUUAAAGCCCAACAUUUGCCAUAACUAUAAACUUGUGCCAAAAAGUCCCUUUUUUAUGCUCAAUCUGGAUAUAUUAUACAGCACAAAUAUGUAUAUGUUUUGUUGUUGAAAGAUCACUGAAAAAAAAUCACGGACAGAAGAUCCCACCAUACUAAAAACACCAUGAACUUAGUGCAUUGAGUUUUAAUUUUGGGCUAUGACAUUUUAAUGGUCAUGAUACAGUAGGUGAAUUUGUGAGUAAGAUAUUUCUCUAGUACAUGGUUUAAGGAACAAUGACACAUUUUUCUUCACUCUAAUUCAGUCUUUUUAAAAAAAUGUACUGUAUGUAGUCAGGAUGCAGAUUUGAGAAGUAGACCUGCUGAUCUGCCCUAUAGUUUUCAUCCUGGGACCUGAUGAUAAGUUGACCAUGACAACUGUCCUACCUCUCCAUAAAAUGACCAAUAGCUUUUCAUGUCAUCUGACCAAUCACGCCUGUCUGCAUUUUCCACAGGACCAGUCAUUUUUUCAUCCUUAAUUCAGCCAUUCAGCCAAUUGCCUUCAGUUUUUUGUGUUCACAUUGCAUCUUAAACCAUCAGACCUCAGUUUACUGUACGCUGUGCUAGUGUAGAGCUGCAGAUGUCAUUAGUACUCAUAUGGAGUUAUUGCUCUCACAUGAAGCGUUGCAUGCCAAGACUAUUAGCUAGAGAUGUCAGCUUAAUAUUUGUAACUUUUAUUGCCAUUUUUGAAAUAUUGAUCAAAUUAGAGAAGAUGGAAAAUCGUGUUAUAUUUCCAAGGCCAAUAUAGAGUGUAAAACCCUCACCCUCCUUUUUUUUUUUUCUUCUUAAGGAGUGUAUUUUUGUAAAGAGCCAUCAUAUUUGUGCAGAUGGGGUUUUGAAGUUGUACAAUGUUUCAGUGCACCAUGUUAGGGAGACGAAAUGAUGAAAUGUACUGUGAAUGUUUUUUUUUCUUCCCCUGUUUUGUUUAUCAUGGAACAUUUUCAUCCCUAAUAAACCUGUAUUUACUCUA